CAGGAACUCUAUCGAAUACUCUACUGCUACUGUAGUAGCUAGCUAGCGAGCGCGCCGCCAUGGGUGACACGGGCGCGAACAUGGCCCACUGGGCCGGGCUCUACGGCGGCGGGAACGGCGCGCCGGCGGCGGGGACGGAGGCGGCCGUGGUGACGGCGUCGAGCCCGACGUCCGGCGGCAGCCCGACCCGGGCGCAGCCGGGGGUCGAGGGCGGGCGCGUCGCGAAGCCCGCGCGGCGGCGGUCCCGCGCGUCCCGCCGCGCGCCGGUCACGCUGCUCAACACGGACACCUCCAACUUCCGCGCCAUGGUGCAGCAGUUCACCGGCAUCCCGCCCGGCCCCUACGGCCCCGCCGGCGGCGCCGGCGGGCCCGUGAUCAGCUUCGGCGCCGGCGGCGGGGACUACGGCGGUGGCGCCGCGCUUGUGCGCCCGUCGCCGACGUCGGCCGUCAUGUCGUUCGACCACCUGGCGGCGGCGGCGUUGCAGCAGCAGCAGCACCACCACCGGCACGCGUCGCUGCAGGGCCAGCUCUUCAGGCCGCAGCAGCAGUACGCCGCCGACGUCGGCUACGGCGGCGGCGGCGGGGACAUGCCGCCGUUCCUGCACGGGUUCGAGUCGUCGGCGGAGGAUCGGCUGCUGCUCCAGAGCAUCCAGGCGGCGCAGAUGAUGCCCACCCGCCCGUCCUCCACCACUAGCAACAGCAAUGGCUACAACUUCGGCUGAUCGAUCUGCCACCUACCGCCAACCAGAGCUCGAUCAACAAGGUAACAACAACAAUAAUAGAACCAAGGUCACUUGAUCAGAUCCAGGGAGAUCAAGAAGCCAUUAGUUUGAUUUGUGAUCACGGCGUGCAUGGUCGUCGUCGAUCACGAGCUGACCGAUGAUGUUUGUUCUUGCUUGUCGCUGAUGCUCAAGCAUUAUUUCGUUUUGUUUUUGUUGGCCUUGCCGUGUGAUCAGAGGCCAAUUAAGGUUUGCUUAAUUAGCAGUUUAGCACACAGUAAUUAGUACUACUACUCCACUAGUAGUAGCUUUGCUGCUUUAGAAGAAGUCAAGCUAGCUAGGUGCUUUAGAUGUGAAACGAAGUGCAGAGAAAAGAGGCAUCAUGUAAAUAUGGUUGGCAGUAAAAAGUUGGGCGCGCGUGCGCUUUCGGUGUGUAGUAGCGCAGCUGAUACUUGAUAGCGAGGAAUCUUUCUAGAGAGAGAGAUUAGAUUAUUGCCUUGGCUCGGAAGCAAAGUCCGGGAUGGCUGCUACAUGCUUGUACUGAUCACCAAUUAUGAAGUCCCGCCGCUAAUUGACUGCAUCCUGAUGAUCAAAUAAGUGUUGUACUGUAA